CCUUCUUAUUUUCUCUUCAUUCACAAUGAACAAGGCUUUCGUCGCCAUCCUCCUCCUCGGCUUUGCCGCCUUCGCCGCCGCUGCCCCCGCCCCCAAGGCCGGUGGCUCCGCUGAGUGCGUCCUCUGCGAGUUCGUCAUGACCAAGGUCGAGGCCAAGCUCCAGGCCAACGCCACUGCUGCUCAAAUCGAGCAGCUUCUCGACGGCAUCUGCGCUGACAUCCCCUCCACCCUCCGCUCCGAGUGCAACUCGUUCAUCAACACCUACACCCCCACCCUCAUCGCCCUCCUCGUCCAGAAGCUCCCCCCGGCCCAGAUCUGCUCCACCCUCGGCCUCUGCUCGUCCGUCGCCAAGGUUGAGGCUUCCGUCGCCUGCACCAUCUGCGAGUUUGCCAUCCGCGAGCUCGACCAGAAGAUCGUCGCCAACGGCACCGUCUCCGAGAUUGAGGCUGAGGUCGAGAAGGUCUGCACCAAGCUCCCCAGCACCAUCCGCAACGAGUGCGACUCGCUCAUCACCCUCUACACCCCCGAGAUUGUCAACGCCAUUGCCAGCGACAUCGACCCCGCUGUCGUCUGCUCCCUCAUCCACCUCUGCACUGCCGAGAAGGUCAUUGCCGUCGCUCAGGAUUAACUUUAGGUCGUUUCUCUCUGACAUGUCGGCGUAAACGCUUUUUGGUUUCGAGCAUUUGAGCGCGUUUUGUUUGUAGAAUGCUGUUGCAGUGCCACCGAGCGGGGUUUUUUUCGCCUGACAAUACAUUGAUUUGAUCUCUUCAUG